ACACCCCUUCCCUUCUCUUCAAUCCAUUCUCUCUUCAAUUCUCUCUCUCUCUCUCUCUCUCUAAAAUGGAAAGCAAUAACGUUCCAAUAAUGGCAAAGAAAGUGUGGAACAUGGUACGUGUAGUAUUCUUCAUGCUUAGAAGAGGCAUAUCAAAGGGCAAGCUCGUGAUGGAUCUAAACAUGUUCCUCAAGCGCCGCCGCAAGCUCGCCGGAAAAGCCAUCUACAACCUCAUGUUCCAUCACCACCACCACUCAAACAACCCUAAUCUACAGUUCUCCGCCCCAAGGGAGUACGAGUUCAGCUGCAGCAACACUCCCAACAACCACUACUUCUUCCCAAUCGGCAAGCGCCACCGCAAUCACAACCACCACUUCUUCGCAUGCGCUCACGCGCCACCCACUCUCGACGACGACGUGGUCACCGCGAACGCGCUCAAGGCGGUGUUGGAGAUCUUGAACAACAACAACAAUAAUAAUGAUCAGGUGAUGAUGGCUAUGGUGGAGGCUUCGCCGGCGCUUCCAGGGUUCGGCCGGAGUCCAAUGGUGAGGCAGCUGAGAGUGACGGACUCGCCGUUCCCGCUUCAUAACGACGACAAAGACGACCACCAGGUUGAUAAGGCGGCGGAAGAGUUCAUCAAGAGGUUCUACACCGAGUUAAGGAAGCAAGAUUAGUUUUAAUUAUUAUUAGUUCAUCAUAUUUUUGGAUAUAUGUUUUCAUCAUCAUGAUCCUGAGUUCAAUUAAUAAAGAUAUACAUGUUUGUAUUCUACUUCAACGUGUAAUAAUAUUUGUUGCUUAUAAACAAUAAAAAAAAUCAAUAAUUUAUAG